AUGAAAUUUCCUUCAAACUUUCAAGCUAACCAGAAUCCUGGUAAAUAAAGUCAACAGUUGUCAGCACUUAGUUUAAAAGAAUAACAAUAGAAUACUUAUAAAAAUUCAGUUGAGGCACAAGGCUUCAUAGGCCAGAGUCAAGUCGAAAAUAUUAUUUAUACGAGCACCGACACUUCAUAGCUAUAAAAUUAGUUCUUAAAGAAUUAAUUAGGAGUGAACUAAGAUUUGAAUAAAAAAAGCAAUGCAUUGAUAAGAAAGAGAUCCGAUUCUAUGUUUUCCGAUGAAAGUUGUGAUAGUGAGUCUGGUGUCAACAAUAGAAUCUCAACUAGGAGUAAAGUUAAUUUUUCUAAACUUUCGAAUGAGGAAAAAAUAUUGCGUCUCACUAAUAUGGCUCUAAAAAUAAAAAAAUUGAAACAGUAAGUAAGGCAAAUGAAAAUGAAUAAAUCAAAACAAAUUAGAAAACAAACCAGUUUGGGAUCACAGCAAAUUAAUCUAAAUCAUCGUGAUCCUUCUCUUAGUAAUGGAAAUAAUCUCUUGUCUACUCAAUAAUAAAAUAUGAUAUCCCAGGAAAAAGGGUCGUAGUAAUUCAGUUAUCCAAGUUAAACCUACAAUAAUAUUGCGUCUCUCUAAAAUUAUUAAAAAAUCCAGUUAAAUCCAUAAUAAGCUGAGCAUCUCUCUAUGGAAUAUAAUGAAGGUCUAGGCUUUAAAAAAUACUAAAGUUCUGAUAAACCAGAGCUAUUAUAAUAAAAAUAAUCCUAAACUCCUUUUAAGGACAACCUAUAUAUAAAUUAGAUAGCGCCCAUCAGCAAUCGGGCUAAUGGAUUUAUCAAUUAAAAGAUAAAAGACUUCAGUAAGAAUAGUGAUAGCUCAGAGGGAUUCUAAAUUAUGCAAGCUAGUGGAAAAGGAAAUUCACUUUAAAUACUUUAACCAGGAAGUGAUUACUUUGAAAAACUCAGAUAAAAUAUUAUCAACUACCCUAUAAAUAUAUAAUAAUUCAAACAAAGGCAACCAGAACAAAAUAUUAACUAAGAUAAUUUGCAAUUCAACUAAUAGAAUUUUGUGUAUACCGCACAGCUCAAUUAAUAAACGCAGUCCGAUCACAAUUAAAAUCCCCAGCAUUAGUAAGCAGACUUGGAGUAACUAAUGUUUGAAUUUUAACAAUAUAACAAAAAUUCGUGCUGA